UGCUUCCCCUUUAAUGUGGAGCGGUGAGGACACGAGUGUCGGCGAAGGGGGAGCGCAGAGGGAUGGGGCGAGGCGCGCAAGAAUCUCUUUUAGUAUGCGCUGCGAUGCCCGACUGCAGCCCACGCACCUCAACUAUGGUGAAUUAUGGUGAAAUAUGAGAGACAUGGAAAGAGCCGGCAGCUCAAAAACAGUUGGUCGUGAUGAGAUGACACAUCCGCCGGACAGAUUAGUCAAAUAAAGCAAGGAGGACAGAUAUAAAGGAAUGGACUCACGACCCCAAGGCACCUUGUAAGAGGAGACAAACUGGAUAAAAAUACAUGCGUCUGCGCACCAAGAGAACCAGGAGCCGGAGCUUCGGGUGAUAUAUGGCUGGCAGAGAGGAGCUGCUGUGACCGUGGGGGCUGACUUUUGGCCGGACACUUCUGCUGCUGGGCCCGUUACGCAUUACCACCAGAGGACACAGUGUAAACAAGCCUUACAAGCACAUAGCUCUUUGCAGGCAAAGCUGCCUGUACCUGAACCCACGAGCGUGUGGAGCCUUUAUCUUCUCGUGGCCUGACGUGGCCCCACCCUGUCUGAAACCUGCAGGUCCCAUCUUGCUCCACCAUGACGGUUGCUACCAGCGACCCUGCGGAUGAAGCCGCAGCACAUCCGGGUCAGCCUCAUGACCAGUACGACCCCGAGCUGGAUCAUGAGUGCUGCGAGAGGGUCGUCAUCAACAUCUCAGGCUUGCGCUUUGAGACACAGCUCAAGACUCUCUCCCAGUUUCCGGAGACGCUGCUGGGGGAUCCCAAGAAGAGGAUGAGAUAUUUUGAUCCUCUCCGGAACGAGUACUUUUUCGAUCGCAAUCGGCCGAGUUUUGAUGCCAUUCUUUAUUAUUACCAGUCAGGAGGGAGGCUGCGUCGGCCUGUUAAUGUGACGCUGGACAUUUUUUCUGAGGAGAUCCGGUUUUAUGAAUUGGGCGAGGAAGCUAUGGAAAUCUUCAGGGAAGAUGAAGGUUUCAUAAAAGAGGAGGAGCGGCCUCUGCCGGAGAAUGAGUUUCAGAGACAAGUGUGGUUGCUGUUUGAGUAUCCAGAGAGCUCAGGUCCUGCUCGCAUCAUUGCCAUCAUCUCUGUCAUGGUGAUUCUCAUCUCUAUCGUCAGCUUCUGUCUGGAGACAUUGCCAGUUUUCCGAUAUGAAGAAGAUGAGAUGUACAAUUAUCCAUUGCAAUCCAUGUCCAACGCCACCUCUACCCAUGACAGCUCAAGUUAUUAUAAAGACCCUUUCUUCAUUGUGGAGACCCUCUGUAUCAUCUGGUUCUCUUUUGAGUUCCUAGUUAGGUUCUUUGCGUGUCCCAGUAAAGCUGGAUUUUUCGGCAACAUCAUGAACAUCAUUGAUAUUGUGGCAAUCAUCCCCUACUUCAUCACCCUGGGUACAGAGCUAGCAGAGAGGCCAGAGGAUGGCCAGGCAGGCCAGCAGGCUAUGUCUUUGGCUAUUCUCCGUGUCAUUCGUCUGGUCAGGGUGUUCCGUAUUUUUAAACUCUCACGUCACUCCAAAGGGCUCCAGAUCCUGGGCCAGACUCUAAAGGCCAGUAUGCGUGAGCUGGGCCUCCUCAUCUUCUUCCUGUUCAUCGGCGUGAUCCUCUUCUCCAGUGCUGUCUACUUCGCAGAAGCAGACGAGCCACAUUCCCAGUUCAGCAGCAUCCCUGAGGCCUUUUGGUGGGCCGUGGUUUCCAUGACCACCGUGGGCUACGGAGACAUGGUCCCAACAACCAUUGGAGGGAAGAUUGUUGGGUCUCUCUGCGCCAUCGCCGGUGUGCUGACUAUCGCCCUGCCUGUGCCUGUCAUCGUGUCAAACUUCAACUACUUCUACCACAGAGAGACGGAGGGCGAGGAGCAGGCACAGUAUCUGAAUAUCCCAAGUGUGCCUAAAGCCAGCUCAGCUGACGAUCUGAAGAAGAGCGGCCGAAGCGGCAGUGGGUCCACUCUCAGUAAAUCUGACUAUGUGGAGAUCCAGGAGGCUGUGAACCACAGCACUGAUGACUUCAGACCAGAGGGCAUGAAAACAGGAAACUGCACCCUGGCUAACACUAACUAUGUAAACAUCACUAAGAUGCGCACAGAUGUAUAAUGUGAGCUACUGUGGAGGGUUAACUUCAGCUGGGGUCGACAGGGACUGUGACAGGAGGAUCAAGGCGUGACUCCCUGUAUGGGCCAAGUAUUGGAGUCCAGAGCAGAUUUACCUGGAAAAAGGUCAUUAGAGAGGACCCCGUGUUCUCCCACAUCCUAUGGACCUUUCAACGCAUAUCAUAGAACUGCCAUCUGUCUUAUUUAGGACAUUGUCGGUGUCUGCAUGGAGUUAGUCUUACCUAUGUGACAGUAGUCAUCCUGCUCGUAACAGUAGCCAAUCGUAGCCUAACCAGUACUAACCAAUAUUAACAGCGUAAGGGACCACUAGUUUCUAACUUCUUGCUCAAACUGCCGUUGGGAGAAGAUGCACGAUAACAAGAACUUAGAUCAACGUAACAUUUACUUUAAAAUUUAACUAACCUUAUUAACUUGUGAUUAAAUAGGCCAUACUAUCAGCAUUCAUGAGCAACUUUAAUCUGCUGCUAUAACUGCCAAGGUCCUGACUCAGAGGAGAACAAAAUCACCAAGAUCACAGUUGUUCGGUCAGGGGAAAACUGAAGUGAGCAACAAAGAGUGAGACAGAGCGAUGCGCUUUCCAGCCAAAUGGUCACAUUGCUUCCUCUGUCAGAGAAAACAAAGCCUGAGUGCACUAGCAUUCCUCCCUGCGCCCUCACUAGAUGAUGUCUUGUACAAGCUAGUGGCUUCUGUAGAGACCAACAGAUAGAUGACAGUGUCGUGCUGUAACUCUGCACCGCAACAACACAACUUCUUUUUCCUGCCAUUUUUCUUCGAUGAAGCUCAAGUGGAUUUACGGUAUGUCUCGCCAAGACUCUGCCUUUUUUUUCUUUCCAGCCGAUGCAGGCUAGCAGGUGGACAGCAGAAAUGUCUCACUAAACAGAGUGAAUGUUUAUUUAGUGAUGUGUGUUCGUUUGAUUUGUUGUAAUGUAUGCUUUUUUUAGUACUAUGAUGAAUGUGUGCUUCUCACCGAGACUUUUUACAGUUAAGGUGUAGAGAGAUAGUGGAUAAUAUCUCUGCAGCAUUCUGAGUGAGUGCCUAUUUCUCCAUCCUCUUAACUUACCCUUAAGUGUCUCUUUAGUCGCCACCCAAGUCCACUGUAACAGACGCACAGUGAGAAGUGUUGAGUUUGACAGCACUGCCCAGCAUAAAUGUUGCUGUUCUUGACUUCACAGCAUUCCAUGGUUUUAGAAAUAGAUGAAAUGAGAUUAAGGAGCAGACUAGGGUGAGAUUUUAAGUUUGUUUUUGCCAGAAGAUAAUUUCAACCAGGUUUAUGGCAGCAAAGUUAACUUGUUUUACGUAUAAGGCUUAUUAUGCUAUUAACUCUAACUCUACUAACAAAAAUUUAAAAGUUUUUCCAGAGGCCGGAAACCAAAGAAAGAGCGUAGUGAUCAACUAAAAGAAAUCUAUGACACCUCUUAAGUCCAUGUUUUGUAAUUCCAGCACUGCCAGUCUUGCUGGAUAGGUGGCAAGAAGCAAUGUCAGCAUUUAAAUUUCCAGUUUGUAGAAUUAAAUUGGCAGACAAUUUAGUGCAUAAUCACCAGAUCACCAUGUUGGACUACAAUGUUUUUAUAGUAUCCUAGAACAAGCACUGGUUUAAGAUAGCAUUGGCCACUGUAUAGCAGCUUCUCUCAUUGGAAACACAGAUUUUUAGCGUGACACUUCUUAAUUCUGUGUUUUUACCGCUUUAAAUCACCAGGUCCAUUUGUCUUGGUGUGGAGGGGACCUCUGUGGGUAAUUCAUCUCCCGAUUAACACCUCCUAAAUGUCUGAAUCUUAGGCUUUCAGAAAAAAAGUGAGCACAUAUUAGCAGGUGCUGUCUGGAGAAACCAAACAGCAUCUGAGAAACACAGAUUUGCAAAGUGAAACUGCUUUAUUCAGUGUUUUUACUGGUUUAAAUCCCUGCUUCCUUUUGAUUUGGAAAGGAGGAGACCUCUGGCUCCAUUAAAAUCCUCCUGAAUAAUGAUCACUAAAGAAAUUCCAACCAGGAGAAGUUUCUACUGGUUGGAAUCUGCAGUUCUCACUGCUACAUGCCACUAAAUCCCCUUAAAUCUUACACACUGCUCAUUUAAGGUUACUAUAAGCUUGCUUGUUAUGCUAAGAAGCUCAUGAGCAAUACAGGUAAAACUGAUUGCUGUCACCUCAUCAGACUGUUAAAUCAUUUCAGCCUGUCGUGCUCCCUUUCCCAUAUAUUGCUCCUUUAAACAGUAGAUUAAAAUGAGUACACUGCCUGCCUCUGGAACAACUUAAAAGUCGUACAAUAGUAGAUCACUUAUAAAAUCACCUGUGCUACCACCUGACUGUAUAUCAAAUUAAUGUUGCUUUCAGUAUAUAUAUUUUCAUUUUGAUACUCAUGCAGUCAUUCCAUUGGCACAUAUUGCCCACAUUCAGUAAAGCAGGACGUAGGCUGUGUCCUUCAUUGGCUUUUUAUCAAACAGAUGCUAUUCUGCUACCGUAGUGCUGCAUGUCCUUUAAAGUAUUCAUCAUAGCAUGAAAUAGUAUGAGUAAUAGUUAAAAAGCAAACUGACAUCAAUAUAUUCCUAUAUCUCUACUGCCGCUAUGUGCAAAAUACUGUAUCAAAGGCUGUUUCGCCUCAGAGCUAUGUGUCACGCUUUUGCAUACGCAGCUUCUUGCCACUGCUGUCUGAAAUCACGUUGAGUCACAAUCCAUGUGGAGUAUUUAGGAUUGUGUGUCCACCAGACGAUUUGUUAACUCUUGUGAAUGUAAGCAUGGGGUUAAACAUGAGAGGGAACAGCCAAGGUUUUAGAGGAGAGCUAAAACUAAAGCUAAAAUAUGGUCCGCAGUUCACAUGUUAACUGGUGUCCUGCUCGCUUCAGCUUCAGAGUCUUAAUAGUCAGUUGCAGUCACAGCUCAGUAACUGUGUCUCAUAGUGAAAGCACAACAGCUAGCUGCCAGCCCAGUGGAUGCACGGAUUCAAACAGUCAGACGGUCAGAGUUUUUGCCCAGCCAAGUGUAUCAUAAUGCUCCGAGGGACUGUCUGAGUGCGCUUAUCUCUGAUAUAUAGGUCCAUCACUCUCAGUGUGUGUGUGUGUGUGUGUGUGUGUGUGUGUGUGUGUGCGAGAAUGAGAGAGAGACAAAAAGGUUGUGAGAGCUUUUAGAUACACACAAGCUGAGGGUGUAGCUCUCGGAGACAAUGUGGUGGCAGUUACCUAAACACCACUCUCGCUUCUUGACUCUGGGCCACGAUGGUGCUCUGUAUAUUCUAUCCCAUCCUAUAGCACACUGUUUACAGCCUGUGUAUAUGUUUGACACAUGCAUAUAGUCUAUUAAACAAAGAGAACUGAAAGGAAUGUCCUGCCACACUCACCACAGAUGAGAUCUAUGAGCAUGUGUUGACUUUUGAGAUAAGCUGCAGUAUCAGCCAAUUACUGGGGAUUGAAGGAAAUAGAGGGAAAGAGAGGAAAGGUUGGGAGGGCAAUGAAAGUAAGAUAAACACUGCCCACACCCACUCUUGCCGUUUAAUCUGAUGUGUACUUGUACUUUUCUAAACUUUUCUUGUGUACCGGAACACCUAUGUGACUUUAUGUGGCUGGAAAACUUUGUCUGGACUUCUGUCGUUUCAAAUCAUGUUACCAAGCACACUAUUGAGGGGACACUCUGUCGAGACAACAGGACGGCACAUCAGGAUCAUCUGAAACGAGGAAAACAAAUCUUUGCUGUACUCCACAGACAAAAGGCCACUUGACACAUGCGUACACUGGACAUUUGGACACACACACUGCCUGUGAACAUACACAAUUAUGGUCACGUCUGCUAUCAGGACAGACGCCUGUGAUUCUACCGAACUUAAAGCCACAAAGUGAAUGAACUAAAACCCGCCGCUGGUGGUGAACACACGUAGCCAUGUAAACAAUGUAUCUAAGAGUUAAAGCUGCUUUUAAUGAUGUCUUAAAAUGCCUAAAGCUUCAGCUUUAAUACAAGCUUCUGCCAUGUACAGAUUCCUGUGUAGCAGGGGAAUCAAAGUGUAUGCUUGCUAAAAUAAUCCAAGAAGAUAAAUUUGUAUAGUAAGUGAAUUAUCUCUUUGGUUUGAUAGGCUUUGCUCCAGGGAAUAUGAGUGGAAAUAUAUGAAGAGAUCAAAAAGGGAAAUAUGAUUUCUAUGAGAACUUGAACUUAUUUGUGUCAUCAGACACUGUACAAAUGAACCGUUGUUUGUCUGUUUUUUUCACUAUAUGUUUUUCUAUUUGAAUGUCAUUGUUGGCUCCCCUUUGAGCCUCACGCGGUGCAGGGGCUGAGGUUUGACUGAAAUACACACGCAGGCCUUUGUUAAAUUGAUUCUGUCUGUACUGUCUUAAUACAUGUUUACCCACAGACGACCACCUCCUCCGAAUCUAUCUCCUCUACCUUCUUCAGCUAUUUGCCAGUCACAAAUACAUGAUGUGUGUAUGAGAUUGAGAUAAUCCUCAGCUUCUUCACUAGCUGUCUCUAGCUUUUGCAGUCUCUACUCAGCUGUCUGUAUAAAGUCUGUGAUUUUCUACCAUUGUUCGGAGAAAGACUGAACCGAGAAGCAAAUUGUUACAUACAGCAGUUGUUACAUACAAAGGAAAUAUGGAUCUGAAAGCUUGCCAUGCCCCUCACAAGGACUUCCAGUGAAUGUGAUUCAUCGAGAAUACUGACAGAUACUUUCAUCAUUCUAAAUAAUUGUAAAUUAUAACCCUAUGAAUAACAAUGGUCUUCAUGAUAAUAUCAAUAAUAACACCUUCAUGAUAACCCGAAGCUACUGUUGUGUUUUUUGUUAAGCCUUAAGCAAAAGGACAAACAGAUUUUGUGAGUUCAGAUCAGUUUGUUUCAUAAUAAUGCUUUUAUUAUAACACCAGCACAAACCUGAUUUUUAUCUUUUGUGAUUUUCACCAUAACAGAAUACUUCAUAUGUCCAGAGUGCACAGAAUUGGACAGAAAAGUAUUCCUUCAACUCUAAAUCAGUAACUGUUUACAUGUUUACAUUGUAUAUGGAACUUUAAGGUUUUCUUUUUCAUGGCGUUUUUUGCUAUGGGAGAACCAAACUGUAUGCUUCAGUGGCUUUGCUGUGUUUUAAAGGAGCAUUUCAACGGCCAAAAGGAGCAUUUCGAUAUC